AAAGGGUUUUUGUAUUUAUACAAAUCGCAGGAAUAUUAUUCGUUCCUGGUCAAAGUCUAGUUUUGCUGAGUAGAACGCCCGAUCUCGCCGCAGUAACGGCGACAGUCAUGGGAGCCUGCUACAAGGAACGAGUGAAAGAAAUUGGUCUGGCUGGAAACAUCCCCAAUUCUUUUUACACUUCCAUUGCCUCGGGAGAUCCGACGUUCACCAUGGUUUCCGUCAAUGAUGAGAGAAGUCUGAUGCAAGGAGCCGAAAUCCCACUGAUGUUGCGCUACAAGUUGCAACUCUUCGCGGUCGCAGUUACAUCAUCGUCGGACCUCAAGGAAACUCUCCUCGAGAUAAAAAAUUCUCGGUGGUGGAAUCACUUGGCUCGCUUCUACAUAUUCGACUCCGGUACAGAAAUACGGUGUUCGGACGCAUUUCAGUUUCUGUGGGCAGCAUGGACGAUGGAUAUACUCAAAGCGAAAUUCAUCUGCAACCACGCUAUUGACGGUCCAUUGAUUUACAUGUUCAAUCCUUACACGAACCAGGCCGGAGACCAUUGGAAAUUAGAGCGAACUUACAAAGGCGUAAACGAGCAUCCCUGGACUCUCUUUGUCCGGAAAUAUGAUAAAACUUUGAAGACUUGUAAGAAUAUUGAUUUUGACCAAACGAAAAAUCCCGGUGGGUACCAAGUUCGAAUAUCGCUGCCCGAAGAAGACGUUUUACCAACUCAUUCUGGAAAAAACAUACAUGCUCGUACCGAAUUUAGUAAUAAAAAUUUAAUGCUACUCUCGCAAUACAUGAAUUUAACAAUCAAUCCGAAACUUUGCUCGACAGAUGAAUUAGGGUUCAUCGAUAAAAAUGGCAUAGGUCACGGUGAAAUAGAAGAUUUGACUACCGGUCGAACCGACAUUUUGUUCCGUUUAAUUCCGAUAACAAGCGUCCCGGAAUUGCGGGGGAACUCGUGGUUGAACGUAAAAUUAGUUGCGGUGACCCAAUACACGGAAUACCAGUCUCAAUGGCACAAAUUCAUUGCAGCAAUUGAUUAUUAUUCCAGAAUCGGUGUCUGUAUUGUAUUUGUCAUCAAUGUAUUUUUCAUGAAGUACGUUUUACGACAAUCAUUCAUGAAAGCUCUUCUCAACACACUGCGAUUGAUUUGCAACUCUUGUCUCGUCAAAUUACCGAACAAUUUCGCUCCUAGAAUUUAUUUGGCCUGUUUGUUUAGCUUUUUCAUAAUUAUUCAAGCAUUGUAUCAGGGUCAGCUGGCUGCUCGAUUGUCGAAACACGUUCGUUAUCCGAACAUUAACAAUAAACGCGAUUUAAUGAAAUCUCAUUAUUCGCUUCACGGGCCCCAACGUUACAGCGUGAUCUUUAGUGAGAACGUCUAUCAAGGACGUUUUUUUUCGUCUGAAAAUACCUCCAGUUGUUUAGCCGAAGUAUUAAAGAGCUCAUCGAGUGCCUGUGUGGCUCGUAGAACAUUUUUGAUAGAUCAUAGUGUCAAGUUAAAGCUUCACAUGUCCAAGCACUCGGUUGCAGAGUUCCCGAUGAAAUAUCCGACCAGAGAAAACUGGCCUUUGGAAGAGAAAUUUCAGCGAAAACUUUUAAAUUACAUGAGUUCUGGAAUCUAUGAGCGUAACUACUACAGUAUGUACUCAAAGCAAAUGAGUAUUCUAGACUUCAAUGAAAAUGGGAUCGAAGAUGACAGUUUCAGAGUUUUCAGGCUUGAGGACUUGGAUUUUGCAUUUUUCAUCUUUGCAAUCGGAAUAGUAUGUGCGAUCUUUGCUUUUGUCGUUGAGUUGUACAUUCAAUCGGAACAGUCAAUGCGGGCCAAGAGACGAAGGCGUGUCGCGCGGCGUUAAGGGGGGAAACGACAUUAGAAGGCUGUUUGAAACUGAUUUUUUGUGAUUUUUUUUUGGAUGGGAAGAAUUAAUUAGAGUUUGACAGCGUAUUCUUGAAUAGUUGAGCUAACGAUUUAUGCAAUAAAAAAAACGAAUUUUUUGAAGCUCCUAACGUGGUUCCCCCCCUUAAACUCCAGACCUCAGGUCUUGGUGGACGAGUAUAUUUGUUAAGCUUGAUCUGCAUUUUCCAAGUCACUCUAAUUGGCAUUCCUCGUGAGACAGUAAUUCGGUCUGUCAAAUUUUUAAAUCUGAGAGCACGUUUUUCACGUUCCCAUUUACAUGAUAAUUUUCCGCAAGGCUUUCGGUACGAAUUAUUCUGACGUUUGUAAUUGGGAAGAAAAAUUUGUCGGUUCGGCGAAAUUUUCGUUGGAUCAACGAGUCCUUCACCUAAAUAAAUAUUCGACUAACAAAUGAUUCUUCGAUUAACUUGAAGUUAAAGUUAAACUUGAACUUAAUCAUUGAUAAUAAUUAAUCAAUAAUCAAUUUUUAACUAUCGAGCUUGUGGUGUCUUAUGAUUGUGGACUUUUGUGUAAUUGGCGUCAAGACGCUGCCGCGUCUCUAGAUAUUUCGUUCGCAUUUAUGUAUGUCAUCUACAGAAAUUUUGUGA